GAACACCCAUUUGAAUAAAUCAUUAUCUCUCUUUGCCUCUUUCGGCAAAUAACGUCUGACUCUGCGACUUCCAACACUAAGGCCCUCAUUCUUUGAGGUUUUCUAGGUGCCAUUCGUAUGUAUACCUUCAGCUGUGAAGCUGAUUCUUUUUAGGGUUUUGGGGCUCCUUUUGGGUUUCAAUGGAGAUCCCGCAGGUCCCUGUCGCUCUUUCUGCUGCCCGAUUAUGGAGAUCACCCACGAAUUUGGCGGUGCUUAUACCAAAUUUAGGAUUUGUUAAGGUGGUCUCGCCUAAUAAGUUUCAGAGGUGUAAUGGCGUUUUUCUUAAUGGGAGUGAUCGGAGAUUGAUGGGGUUUUGUAGUUUGAAAGGUAAUAGUGGUUUUGUUGGAGAGAGGGAUUUGGAAGGGGUUUUGUUGGAGCGUAAUGGGCUAGAACAUUCCUCUGAAAGUGAUAAAUUGGGACCUGAUGAUUCCAAUGUUGAUUCAUCCAGUGAUAGAAAACAAAGUGUUAGUGGGGAAGAAGGGGUUAAAACGAAGCCUAAGAUAACCCAAAAUAUUGUCUUUGUAGCUUCUGAAGCCAACCCAUAUGCUAAGACAGGAGGCUUAGGAGAUGUUGUUGGGUCUCUCCCCGUUGUUCUGGCUAGGCGCGGUCAUCGUGUAAUGGUGGUAAUUCCAAGGUAUAUGAAUGGAAUCACUGAUAAGGUGUAUGGAAAUGCAUUAGAUACUAAGUUGAGAAUCAAAGUUUCAUGUUUUGGAGGAGACCAUGAAGUUGCAUUCUUCCAUGAGUACAAGGAAGGAGUUGAUUGGGUCUUUGUCAACCAUCCUUCCUAUCACAGGCCAGGAAAUCCAUAUGGUGAUAAUUUUGGUGCGUUUGGUGAUAAUCAGUUCCGUUUUACUUUGUUUUGCUAUGCUGCUUGUGAGGCUCCAUUAGUUCUUCCAUUAGGAGGUUACAUUUACGGGGAAAGAUGCAUAUUCCUUGUUAAUGACUGGCAUGCGAGUCUUGUACCGAUAUUGUUGGCAGCUAAAUAUCGCCCAUAUGGAGUUUAUAAGCAUGCCCGUAGUGUUCUUGUCAUACAUAACCUUGCACAUCAGGGAGUGGAACCAGCAACAACCUUUGGAAAUCUUGGAUUGCCUCCUGAAUGGUAUGGUGCACUGGAAUGGGUUUUCCCCACUUGGGCACGGAAGCAUGCUCUCGAUAGAGGUGAAGCUGUUAAUCCUUUGAAGGGUGGAAUUGUUACAGCUGAUCGCAUAGUGACAGUUAGCCAGGGAUAUGCCUGGGAAAUUACAACUGCUGAGGGUGGCACUGGGCUUGAUGAGCUCCUGCGGAGCCGGAAAAGUGUCAUAAAUGGAAUAACAAAUGGUAUUGAUAUUGACGAGUGGAACCCAGUAUCUGACAGGCAUAUAUCUUGUCAAUACUCUGUUAUUGAUCUCUCUGGAAAGGCUGAGUGCAAGUUGGCUUUGCAAAAGGAACUUGGUUUGGCAGUGAGACCCGAUGUUCCACUGGUUGGAUUUAUUGGAAGACUGGACUACCAAAAGGGUGUUGACCUGAUUAGAUCCUCACUUGAUGAACUUAUGCAAGAUGAUGUCCAAUUUAUCAUGCUUGGGUCAGGAGACCCAGACAUAGAACAGUGGAUGAGAACUGCAGAGUGCAAUUACAGGGAUAAAUUUCGAGGUUGGGUUGGAUUCAGUGUCCCUGUUUCUCACAGAGUCACCGCAGGGUGUGAUAUUUUACUCAUGCCCUCAAGAUUUGAGCCUUGUGGCCUAAAUCAGCUCUAUGCCAUGAGAUAUGGAACUGUCCCUGUCGUGCACGGCACAGGUGGACUCAAGGAUACUGUGGAAAACUUUGACCCUUUUGCUAAUGGAGGUGAAGGUCGUGGCACAGGGUGGAGUUUUUCUCCUUUGUCAAAGGAGGCCAUGCUUGGGACAUUACGAAUAGCAACGCAGACGUACAGGGAGUAUAAGAAUUCAUGGGAAGGUAUAAUGAGAAGGGGAAUGGAGAGAGACUACACUUGGGAGAAGGCUGCCGCUCAAUAUGAGCAGGUCUUUCAAUGGGCCAUGAUGGAUCCCCCCUAUUGUAACAUGACCUAAGAACAUGGUCUUUGCCUCCCUUUCUCCAUUUUUUGUUUGUUAUUUUUUCCCAUUUAUUCCCUCUAAAUCUUUUUGCUUCUUCAUAUUUAUCAUAUUUUUUGUAUCAGUGGAAAUUUUGAAGGGUAUCAUGGUAGUCUGUUCCUUGUAUAUUUGUUGGUGGUGGGAGCACAAAUUCUUGAUAUGAACAUGAGAAUUUAUGCGGUGGCGGCAUUGCAGAACCCACUAUAAUUUCUCAUAAUUGAUCUAAUAUGAGUUAAGAGGAGAUUAUAUAGGCCA